CUCUACCGAAUUUUAUACAAGACCGUAUUUCUUGUGCAAGUUUUAAUCCAAUUACCCCUCUUACAUUUCUUUCCCCCUCCCAAGGCUUGUUCAAGUGUCUUGUCUUGGUCUUUUGAGAGCAGCAGAGGCCUGCAGCUUGUAUUACGGUCAUCGUCCAGUGUUGCUCGUAGCGAUGGCCACUCAAGCUCAUUGUCUCUACUGCUUCGAGACACUUGCGGCAAGCCUCGAAAAGAGGGACGCUCUAACCCUUGCCCAAGUCGAGAAGUUUUGGGAUGCGUAUUCCGAGUCUUUGAAAGAUGCAGCGUCUGCCAGCCAUGAAGGAGCAGAUAGUGAUGUGGCGGAAGUAGAUGGCGAUGUCUCCAUGGACGAAGACGAAGACGAAGAAGACGCGGAUGAGAUAGAUUCCGAGGAUGAACUUUCGAAAUCGCAGAAAACUCCAACUUCCUCUGCACCCGGUGACUCGCUCAGCGCUCUCAAACCUGCUGGCGUCAGUCGUCUAAAGGCCAAAUUAACCAGUCCUUCCUCGCUUUCUGGUUCUUCGGCGUCUCCAUCUUCAACAGCUUCGUCUACAUCGACCAGAUCCUCGUCACGCCUUUUUGACCAAACCUCCAAAGCUUCCUCCCGGACAUCGUUUUUCUCUCUGGGACGUGGCUCCUCGUCAUCCUCGUCUCGGCCCCGUUUGCCGGAUUCUCCUCUCUUUGUGACGUGGAACAUUCUCAGCAAAUCUGGCGGCAAGAGCCUUCGCGGCUGCAUCGGAACCUUUGAAGACCAGGAACUCUCGUACGGCUUGAAGAGCUACGCCCUGACAUCCGCCUUUGACGAUUCUCGCUUCAUGCCUAUUUCCAAAAAGGAGCUCCCGACUCUCGAAGUUGGCGUUACGCUCUUGACCAACUUUGAGACCGCGCCGUCUGAAAUGGCCUGGGACAUUGGCACCCACGGCCUACGCAUCUCCUUCACCUACCACGGCCGCCGCCAUGGCGCGACCUAUCUUCCCGACGUCGCGCUCGAGCAAGGCUGGACCAAGGAAGAGACGCUGGUCAGCCUGAUGCGCAAGGCAGGCUGGAGCGGCCGGCGCGACGAGUGGCGCAAAGUCGUCGACCUCAAAGUCAUUCGUUACCAGGGGAAGCGGUGCUCUCUGCCCUAUGUUGAUUGGCGAGAAUGGAGAGACUGGGUCGAGGAGCAACAUCAUCUUUGAUCUCUUAUAGUCUCUUCUCUUAUCUUGACAUGUACUUGGAACACCAUCUUCCCUUGGGACGACAUAAUUUGGAUAGUUCUCUUCUUUUGGUUUCUCCCCUUAAAGUCUCUUUUCUUCUAAUCUCUCUAAUUUCGAUACCACUCCGUUCCCACCGUCCAUUAUGGCGCGCCAAUGUAGGCGUCAACACUUUAUAGACAAAUUUAGUCAUAUAGCUCCCCUCCCCUUCCAUUUCCAUAAUCAAAUAAAUAAUCUAGGGACAAUACAUUAUACCUUU